AUGUCGGUUACCCACGGUAUCUUCGACCCCUCCCCAGGCCUCGAGUAUACAUUUUCGGAUCCGUCCUUGAUUUUUCGAGCCGCAUCCCUGGACGAUGAACCUUCUCUUUUGAUUAUCAACACCGUUGGCGACCUGACUGGAUUGUUGAAAGGAUUAUCAGAUCUUCCCGCUUGGCCUCCUUCUUUGUUCAUUGAUCUUGAAGGAACGAAUCUCUCUCGAAAUGGCACAAUAUCUAUUCUUCAGAUUUUUGUUUCUUCAACACGGAAAACAUAUCUUGUCGAUAUCUAUACUCUUGGAGACAAGGCUUUCUCUCAUUCCGCGUCGGACGGCUCAACUCUACGUUUCAUUCUCGAAUCACCCUCUAUUCCAAAGGUCUUCUUCGAUGUCCGUAACGACUCAGACGCCCUAUUCGCCCAUUAUGGGAUUAAUUUAGCUGGAAUUCAAGACCUUCAGUUGAUGGAGCUUGCAACGCGCACAUUCUCAAAAAGAUUUGUGAAGGGAUUAGGAAAGUGCAUUGAAUAUGAUGCUCCUAUGACGCCAAGUGAGAGAGCAAAAUGGAAAGCAUGUAAAGAUGCCGGGCGGAACCUUUUUGCUCCAGAGUGCGGCGGCUCUUACGAGGUAUUCAAUGCUCGCCCACUGUCAGAUGAAAUUAUACAGUACUGUGCACAAGAUGUUCAAUUCUUGCCUAGAUUGUGGCACAAGUACGAUCAACGAAUGACCGGGAAUUGGCGGCUGAGGGUGGAAGCAGAGGUGAAAAGACGUAUCAUACUUUCCAAGUCCGUCUCUUACAACGGCAACGGAAGACAUAAGGCGCUCGCGCCCGGAGGUUGGGCAUAG